AUGUCUGAACAAGACUACUUUAGUUAUCAUCCAACAGAUGACCAGGAAUCGGUGAAUUCUCAGAGUAGUACGAACACAACCAUGACUUCCUUAAAGCAACCGUCUGCCUCAAAAAAUCCUAAAGUGAUUACUACAACUGGUCUUUCUGUAGUGACAUCUCCUAAUAAAUUUUACACUGGCCCAUUGAGUCCUGGUGCUAGGAACUUACAACCUAACCUGCAGCCAAAUAUGCCUCAGUCUCCAGGAAAUUUGAUGAAUUACUCCGCUACUCAUCCAAGGUUGCCCAGACGCGUCUCUUCCAAAAGUGUUUAUCACUCCUCCAACACAUCCACCCAUUCCUCGGCACAUUCGAGUAGAAGGCCAUCCUCAGGUAACGUAACGAAUCCAAGUCUUACAGCUCUUACAAAAUCUAGUGGCGGAGCCUCACAACACUCUUCUCCUGCAAGAAGUGUGAAUUCAAAUUUGGAUGCUUUGGAUCCACCUGCUUCAACCCCUACCCUGAUCAUGGCCCCAGAUUUGGCCUCAUUGAGUACACAAAAAUCGGUUGAUGUGAACUCGCCACAACAAACUGCUUCUUUACUUCACCGAAACCUAUCAUCGUCAACCAGCACAACAUCACACAUACCAGCAUCGCCCACAGGAACUAUCUCCACUCCUUCUUAUGGAUUGCAUCCAUCUCAGGAUAUAACACUACCUUCAUCAUCAACGUCCUCCACCAGAUCAAUUGGCACAAAUCCAGCUAGUUCGAGAGCUUUUAAAAAACAAUACAUUCUCAAUGAAAAGAUUUACCUAGACAAGAUGAGAAAUACAAUUCCUGACGAUGAUUACUAUACAAGACGUAUUGUGCUUUUGAGUUCUUUGAAAGACGACAUCGAUUACGACGAAACGGAUAACGAUGACUUCGAAACUGAAUUUGACGUAAAUAACGAAAAUGAGGUCGAAUUUGCGAAUACUGCAAGUAAUUUGAAAUCUAAUGAGAAUAUUAUCACACUGAGUGAUAAUUUUUUGAGGCAUAGAUUACAGUGGCUCACGAAAGCAGACUCAGAGCUUUCAACAGAAGAACGAAACAUAACCCCAACAAAUCUAUUCGACCAUCCGUUGGUGUCCGAGCGUCUAAAAUGGCAAACGAUGCUUUCUAACGUUUUGAAAGGUGAUAUUGUGAAGUCUGAAAAGACGAAAAUUGCUAAAGAAGUUAAAAAUCCAGACUUUAAUAUUCAGUACUCUGAGGAUAUAUGGCUAGAAUUAAAAGGAUGGAUGAAUGGUAAAUCUAAAGAAGAUAUUAUGAAUUCGAUCCAGAUUUUAAAGGCAUCUUCAGAUGUCGUUUUCAAUGAAAUCAUGGAAUUCAAAGUACCCAAUGAAAUUUAUGAUGACGAUGACAAACUUGAGGAAAUGUUGACUAAUUUAAUAAAUAAAUAUUUUAAAGUCACAAGCUUAUGGCCUAAUCUAAGAAAAAUGCAACAAGAAAAACCUAUCACGAAGUUGCCAGCCUUCAGCAAUAGAGUUGAUGUUAUAAUUAGUUAUUUGAACUUUAAGGAAAAUUUAACAACACAGAUAAAUAACUUAAAAAAUUGGGUGGGGGAAAAGGAAUUUGAUGUAAUAUUACAGCUCAAUGAAGCGUCAAAUUGGAACCUACCAACUGAUUGCGAUGAAUGUCAGCAUACAAGAGCCUUUGCAGAGCAAAUUAUGAAGGAAAAGGAUAUUGAAACAAUAUUUCAAAAGAAAAUCUUUUUUCCUUUAGCACCAUGGAUUUUAAAAUCUAAGUUAUUUUAUUAUCAAUACAUAGAAACUAUUGACGAACUAAAUUUGAAACCAAAAUAUGAUUUAUUGGAACUUGUUAUAAUGUUUCCAAUCAGGCUUGUUAAGGAAAUUAUAUUAAUCAGGUUAGAUUAUGCAAAGAAAUUAGAAAACCCAACUAUGAUGAUGGUUGAUCAAAUGUUAGAUGAUUUCAGCUCAUACAUUCGUCUUUCGGUCCAGUUGAAAUACACUUUGAAUAACUUUAUCAGUGAUUGGCCAUUCCAUAUUGGCAUUGAUCCUCAGUUUGACGAUACAGUGAUCGAAGCAAUUAAUUACCUAUUCAAUCUUCUGCAUUUGAAAAUUCUCGACGGGACAAAGAGGUCUUUCAAAACAUUUAAGGAGCCUGAGGUUCUGAUGAAGUAUUGGGAAGAAUUAAAAAAUGUUGGUCAAUAUAUCGACAAAGCAGGUCCUCUCAUAUCAGAUGAAUUUGCUAAGCUUACUCUAAGAAUUUUGCAUAGACUGCAUGCAUAUCUUCUACAACAACAGAACUCUCCUCCUGAUUUUUCGAAGAAGCCUAGUGAUGCUGAGAAAUGGUUGAUUCAAACUUUUGAAAAUUUGGGUUCAAUGAAAAGACAGUUAAACAGAUUUACCAAUAUUCUGUCAAAAGCCUUCCAGAACUCAGUAACUUAUAAAAUAAACGACCACAAAAUACUUUUUCGAAACCUAAUCAAACAAGGUCAUUUUUUAAUCUACACCGGAGGAAAUCUAGAAUCAGAGGGAAUAUAUCUUAUCGGGAGCCCCGAGCUACUGGGCUGUCAAGAUCAGGACAUAUUAGAUAUACUGAAAAAUGAAGAUAUUGGAAGUGAUCUGUUACCAAGACUGGAAAUAAAGAACUCUCUCUCAUUAUAUAAUGCUGUGGAAGCAGUAUGGAACUCGAAUACCAAAAUAAUGCACAAUUUGGGACAGAAUGGCGUUUCCUAUUACUACGUUUCCAAUGAUGAACCUGCUGAGUGGAAUCCUCAUGGGGCACAACAGAUACCAUUUCGCGGUUAUUCACAGCAUACAAAUUGCAACCAUAAUAAGAGUAAUGCUGCUUUUGAAGAUCUACACGAAGCUCAGGGUGAAAUUGAAAAGUUGGAAUUGAAGCUUCACUCUUUAGGCUAUAUAUUAGUUCUGUGUGCUGGUGAGUCAAUGCUUUGGGAGGGUGAAAUGUACAAUCUCUCUUCCAAGGAACCUUUAAAAAUGAAAGAUUUUAAUUUCCAAUUGAGCCCUAAUUCUCUUGUAUUAAUGAACCAAGGAUCAAGCUACGCCCUAGAAUAUCAGACCGAUAGAUUUGAUCAAGUUGCCGAAGGUUCAGUUUCAUUUGUUGAGAAGCGUUGUUCUUUUCAAUCUGUGGAAAAUAAUCUUCAAAAAAUCAAUAAAGCUUAUUUCAGGGUCACAUAUACUCUUUUGAGUAACUAUCAUAAAUUUUUCACUACCUCCAGAAAUGUAGGUGUUACGAAUGAUUUAUUGAACUCGAUUUUUCUUUUUACGAGGGAUUUUGGAACAAUUUCUCUCAGGACCAAUAUAGCAAACCCUGAGAGAAAGUCAGUAAUUAUAUUACUAUUGAUGAAAUUGAGUAUAGGAUGGUUAUCAUUUAUUGCAGAUGACUGUGAUCCAACAGAUCAGAAAACUUUCAGAUGGUGCGUACCAGCAAUGGAAUUUGCAAUGCAUAUGACUAGCGGGACUAAUAUCGUGGCUUUGGAUGAAGCUCAAUUUACUGAACUCAAGCAACGGAUAUCUGCAUGCAUGUCAUUAUUAAUUUCACAUUUUGAUGUCAUGGGAGCGAGAGCAAUUGAAGCUGAAAAGACAACCCAGCAAGGAAGAUUGAAUAUUGAUAUUGAAGAGAAUAUUGACGAUGAAGCCAUCCUACAGUUAAAUUCAAAGUUCCGUAUUCAGGCCAUUAAUGAGAUGGAGGAAACCAUGAAAAAGAAUCCAAGACAAAUAGGUAAAGUUCUUGAUGACGCGGAUAUUGAUAAUAAAUAUUUACUAUCAUUGGCCUCAUCUUUAUCUAACGUUACGAUAAGAUGGAAGAAGAGAAAUUUUGUUGGUGGUGGUACCUUUGGCACUGUUUUUUCAGCAAUAAAUUUAGAUAAUGGGGAAAUAUUAGCUGUGAAGGAAAUUAAAAUUCCCGACAGUAACGCAAUGAAAAAGGUCUUCCCAUUGAUUAAAGAAGAAAUGACUGUGUUGGAGAUGCUAAAUCACCCUAAUGUCGUUCAAUACUACGGUGUUGAGGUACAUAGAGAUAAAGUCAACAUUUUCAUGGAAUAUUGUGAGGGAGGAUCAUUAGCAAGCCUCCUGGAGCAUGGUAGGAUUGAAGAUGAAAUGGUGACGCAAGUGUAUACGCUAGAGUUGUUAGAAGGUCUUGCCUACUUGCACCAGUCAGGUGUUGUUCACAGAGAUAUUAAGCCAGAAAAUAUUUUGCUGGAUUUCAAUGGAAUCAUCAAGUAUGUUGAUUUUGGUACAGCCAAAAAGAUCGCCAGAACAGAAACAAGAAUAUCCACUUUAUCUAAGUUUGUCGUUACAGACACUACAACAGAAACAUCUGAUAGCAGGAGAAGCUCAGGUGAUGGAAUAAUGUCGAACUCCCAUGGGGGUUUAUUGGAUAUGAUGGGGACCCCAAUGUAUAUGGCUCCAGAAACUAUUACUGGUUCAACCCAUAAGGGUAAAUUUGGUGCUGAUGAUGUGUGGUCUCUAGGUUGUGUCGUAUUGGAAAUGAUCACCGGUAGGAGGCCAUGGUCAAAUCUGGAUAAUGAAUGGGCAGUAAUGUACCAUGUUGCUGCAGGCCAUACGCCACAGCUACCCACUAAGCAAGAAGUAUCGCCAAUAGGAAGAAAAUUUUUGAAAAAGUGCUUGGUGCAGAAUCCCAACAAGAGAGCUACGGCAGUGGAACUGCUCAUGGAUCCAUGGAUAGUGGAGAUAAGAGAACUUGCAUUCGGGCCUCCGGACAAUGACCAGCAAGCCAUUGACAAGCCAAUAGAGGCAAAAUCAACUGAUCAAAGAGAAAAAUAA